UUUUCUCACCUUCUCCUACUACUCCAGAGCAACUGACAGUACUGGCAUGUUCCCAUUUUCUGUCAAACCCUAUGCCUGUGCCACAGCAUACUUAGUCGGUAUUGCAGUGGGAUACUGUCUGCAUGUAUUGAAAACUAAAGCACUUCCAAGAUUACACGUGGUGGUUGUUAUACUUGGUUGGUUGUCUGCUUUUGCUGUGGGAAUGUACAUCGUAUACGGUCUCUAUGGAGCUUUUGAUCACCCUGGGCCAAAGGUAGUAGUCCCAGGAAAGCCGCUAAACGUGGCAUAUGGGUGCUUGAAGAGCCUUGCGUGGACACUAGCACUAUCCUGGGUGGUGUUUACUUGUCAUUAUGGUUACGGAGGUGUGAUAAAUCGAUUCCUUUCUUGGAGUCUAUGGAUCCCUCUGUCUAGGUUGACGUUCUGUGCAUAUCUAUUACAUCCUGCUGUUAUCUACCUCUACACUGGAACAAUCUCAAUGAGCUACAAUGCUACCGUCAUUCAUCAGAGUUUUCUGUUCGCCGGUUUCGUAACGAUCAGCUACACAUCAGCAUUCUUUCUUUCUUCGUUGAUUGAAAUGCCAAUCAGUAGUCUUCAGAAGAUGUUCCUUAAGCGAUAAUCCACAAUUCUCGGGCAGGGGGCAGAGUAAAUAAUAAUAAUAGUGAACAUUAAUAAUGCGCCAUGUCUGUCAAAAAUGACACUCCUAGCGCAGAUGUGUGAAAAUUGUAUAAAGCAUGAGAUAAGUUAUGAAAUAUAUGCAUAGAUACGGUAUUGUAGAUGUAAAAUGAAAAACAAAUUCUGAUUUCAUAUACUUUGAACUGGUAUAUUUUAUUGGAGACUUUUGGGGGCUGUUACUUUUCAUGAGAUUUUGCAACUAAUACAUUUUCCAGUAAUUUUUAACUCGUACUUUAUUUGCAGUAUUUUGUAACUCGUAGUUAUUGCAAUAUUUUGCUAUUAUUACUUGAGCGAUUCUAGUUCUUUGUACCUUCUAAAUAUUGCAGUAUUUUGUGACUCGUAUUUGUUGUAUUGAUGUAACAGUCAUCCAAAUUAGAGCCAAUAUUAUUAUUGUUUGUGAUAAAUUGUGUAACUCGAUUUUUGCAUGUCAUUCGGAUCAACUUUUUAAGAUCGUUUUUAAUGUUUUGAAGUGUGAAAUAAAGUUUGUUUAUUCCAUG